UUGCAUUCGAAUCUUUGCGUAUGACGGCCGGUUUUCGACUAUCGGUGUGUGCUUUCCGAAAAAAGUUCCGCGUCGUUCGGGGUUGACUUGACUUGGCUGGCUGGCUGGCUGUGUCGUCAUCGUUCUCAUCCUUUCGCCCGCCCGUCGGUAUCGGCAUCCCAUUUCGUCGUUGUCGCUUCCGCAGCACCGUCGCUGCCGUCGUCUUCAUCGUCGUCGUCGAGGGUGUCUUUGGGAUAGAACGAUACUGGGUUGAGAAUGAAGAAAAGUACCACGCCCCACGAUUGCAUGUAAGGAUGAAUACUGGCAGCCUUUCGAUGGGUUUCGCAACGGUGUUGUAGCCAAUAUGGCAUAGGACCAUUGUGAAGCUGGCCAGCGACAAAAGUCAUGAAGAAUGCUCAGCUGUGAGGAACAGCUGUCAGGAGCACAUUUUCUCGGAUGCUUGUGGUUGUGGAACGGACGGAAACACGAAAUGAGCGAAACGAUGGACGUUCUUUUGCUGAAAAAAGUUUUUUUCCCGACAAGGUUUGCUUCGAAAGUGAGUGCGUUGUAGUUUGUUGUUGAGCCUGCUCGAGAGGGAAUCCUGUGAAAAGAAGGAUAGAUUUGUGAGUGGGUUUUUUCCCUUUUUCGGACGAUAUACAGACCACACCGGAGCUACACAGACGGUAUGAUACGGACAACAACUUCAGUGACGCAUCAACGCUUGCGACCUUGGAUGUUCUUUUGGAUUUUUGGGUUGCUAGUGGAAGAAUGCCGCCAGGUGCUGGCCCUGCAGCUGACAGAUAUCACUGUUCCGGAUGUAGUCGACUAUCGGGCCACGGUGACGCUGUCCUGCUCGUACGACUUGGGACCCCACCAGCUAAACUCCGUCAAGUGGUACAAAGGAAAUCAGGAAUUUUUCAGAUACGCUCCGAUGCUUAGCCCCAAAAUAAAAACCUUUCCGGUGGAGGGAGUCGUCCUGGCGAACGAGAACCUUUGCCACCAGCACCUGUGCCAGAUUCGGUUGACCAACCUGGAGCGGCGUUCCGGUGGCGAGUAUCGGUGUGAAAUUUCCGGCGAUGCGCCCAAAUUUGCGCUCGCUAACGGCAGUCGGAACAUGACGGUAGAAGUGCUGCCACAGCACGACCCCAUCAUCAGUGGGCUGGCCGCGACCUACUAUCCGGGGGAGACGAUCGAGGCGAACUGCACCUCGGACAUGUCCAGUUUAGCCACGCGACUGUACUUUUUCGUCAACGAAAAAGCGGUUCCCAUCGAGUACCUUCAGCCGCUGCAGGAGACUACGCUGGAGAGCGAUAGUUUCGUGAUGAGAUACCGCAUCCUGGAAAUGCACCUUCCGGUGGAUCGGUUAUUCCCCAAGGGGGUGGACCGCACCAUCCUGCACAUCAAAUGCAUUGCGGCGAUUGAUGCAGUUCGGACGGCCGGACGUGAGGCGACCGCACUGGUUGCUGUGCAAAGCCAUCGCUGGUCCUGGAUUAUUGGCGGAAUGCACAGCGGGACUCACCAGCAGCAUCCAGCGCGGAUUACAGCCGCCUAUCUACCGCUGCUGCUUUUCACCAUCAACUUACUCGGCCUCUUCACUCGCACAUCCUUUCCGUUUGGCUUCUAGUGUGCUCUGCGUGCGGAUGAUGGCAGCAGUACCAGGCAGCCCGCGAAAUUCCCGGAAUCAGCAUACCUUAUCCAGACCGACACCAACACAAAAGUACGCGUGUGUUGUGAAGUACCACCCCCUCUCGCGUUCGUCCUCCGGCUGCGGAAAGCGCCAAUGGUUCUCCAAAACAGCAGCUAAUUUAAUCCAGUUCCGGGAGGUAAAAAGUUUACAUCGGCACAUAAUGUUCAUGUCUACACGGAUGACUUUUAUCGGUAGUUAAAAAAAAUGUGCGGUUUCAUCGCGGAGGAAACCGACAGCGAUCGACGGGUGUUCGAAAUUGGCAUGGCAAAAUAAGCACUUUUAGAUUUUUUUUUUUCUGUUGUUUACAUUACCAUAAUAAUGUUAAUAAAGAAAUAUUUUUAAAAUUGUGAAAAUAAA